UAUAACAAAUCCGUUUGAGUGUAUUUUCCUUUCUCAGAGGGUGACAACAAUAGAUGACAUUCCACUUUCUCUCUCUAAAACCCUUUCUUAUAUAACACUCCCAUGAUUUAUUAAACGGUCACUCAAUUCAUAUUUCCUUUUCCUUUUAUCACACUUUUCUCUUUCACCCAAUAAUCACAGAAGAGAGAGAAAGAAGGGAGAGAUGAAGAGACAAGAUAGUCUCCCCUCAUCAUCUUCUCACCGUGAAAACGAUAAUGUUACCGAAAAACUCCAUGCCAAGGCCGUUGGCUGCAUGUCCGGCCUUUUCCACUUCGUCUCCAAUUACCACGGCCGCCGAAAAUUACUUACAUUCGGAAAAAGGCAAGCCAAAAACGAGGUUGUGCCUACUACUACAAAGUCUUCUAAAUCCAUAGAUAAAGACGGGAAAAUUAGCACAGCGAACUCCUCCAUCAAUGUCCUCCAGAGAUACUCCUGCGAGGUACCGAGGAGCCCCACUUUGCCUGCGGAGAUUCGGCGGUCCAACUCAGUUAAUUCGCCGCAGAACUUCAAAACCCCACCAGCUGGCGUUGUAGCGAGGCUAAUGGGCUUGGAAGAGCCUCAUUCUUCCACCACAGAAUCGACAAUAAUGUCAAAAGCUAGUACUCUGCAGAAACAGCUGUCGGAAUAUUCGUCCGCCGCAGAGAAGCGCAGGCAACUUCUGGGUGCGUUGGAGAAAUGUGAUCGGGACUUGCAGGCUCUGAAGAAGAUCAUAAACGCAGUGCGCUCGGUGGAGCGGUAUCAGUCACCGGCCACAGCCGCCGUGUUUAGAAACUCGCAGGAAGUUAAGGGUUUGGAGGUUAAUAUUAACAAUAAUCCUAAUGCUGAGCAGCCGAGUCCGGUUUCCGUUCUUGACGAUUCCACUCGGUCUCCUUUGAGCAACUCAGAUCUCUCAAAACGACAGUCGUUUAGUUACGCAGGAAGAGUGCAACAUCAAGUGAGGCAGCAAAAAAGAAAGCCAUGGCCAGGAGAAGAAGACUUCAUCAGUCCAAGCAUCUUCGAUAGAAUCACGUGUGAAUCUCUUCAUAGGAAGGCUAUUGUUAGUAUUAUGGAUUAUUCGCAUCGAGCAGAACCCGCAGCAUCAUCACCACCGCCAUCAUCAUUGCCAUCGCCAUCAUCAUCGCCGUUAUGGAACAGCGAAGCCAUGAAAGAGAGUGUAGAAGAGGUAUGCAAAGACAUUAAUUGGGGAGAGAGGCGUGAAAUUGGAAGAAUAGGCUUAGCAUUGCAGGAUCACAUUUGCAGAGACUUGAUUGAAGAAAUUGUCACAGAUAUGAGUUCAUUACACUUCUACAAUAACUUGUAUUCCCCACUGCCCUUUGAGGCCUGUAAGAGAAGACUUUGUUUCUAGUUCUUCUGUGUUUAUUUUAUUUUUUUGUGUUUUUUUCUUUUUCUUUUUAACUUACUUCUCUCUAAAUUACUUUUCAGCAUGGCCUGCCAUUUUAAAUUUUAUUAUUCGUUUUCUUCGUAUGUUUAGAGCUUGAUUUGCCCUCUACUGUAAUUAUACUUUUAAUAAAAUUGUUUUGGGAGUUAUUUGGCGAAA